AUGUUGGCCGUGUUGGAUCAGAACAGAUGCAGCUUCACCUCAUCUGAGCACGUCAAGUCGGCCUACCGGUCCUCGUUCAGCUCAACCGAGGACCUUGAUGUGAACCUGGGCGCGUUCGCGCCGCUACCCAACGAGGUCAUCACGCUGGUGUUCAAGCACAUGAACUCGGCCAGGGACGUCUGCGCACUGUCGGCCGCCGCUCGGCUCUUCUACUGCCUCGGCAACGACCAGACCCUGUGGCGCGACAUGUGCCUCAAGCACUACGGCGACCAGGUUGUGGCCACCACCAACAAGCACUUCCUCGCCUUCGGCAAGGACUGGAUCUGGCUCUACAAGUCCAAGGUCGAGCUCAAGGCCUUGAGCACCGGCGUCGGCAUGAAGAAGGUCCAGAACCGAGGCACCCUACAGGGCGAGUGGGCAGAGGACCAGCUCCAAGGAUACGGAGUGCAGGUGGUGACAAAGGAAGACGAUGAGGACGAGUCGGCGUGGGGCCUGUACGAGGGCACGUGGGCCGAGGGCAAGCGCAGCGGCAAGGGCUACUGGUACGGCGCGGACGGCUCCUACUUCGAGGGCGUGUGGCGCGAGGGCAAGGAGGAGCGCGGCCUGUCCAAGUGGACCGACGGCGACUCGUACGAUGGUGAGUGGCGCGACGGCGAAAAGAACGGCCGCGGCAAGUACAUGUGGGCCGACGGCUCGUGGUACGACGGUGAGUGGAAGGACGGCGAGGAGGACGGCGCGGGCAAGUUCAUGUGGAGCGAUGGCGACUGGUACGAGGGCGAGUGGGCCAACGGCAAGAAGAACGGGCGCGGGCGCUACACGUGGACCGACGGGUCGUGGUACGAGGGCGAGUGGCAGAACUCGCAGCGCCACGGCUGGGGCGUCCGCGUGUGGGGCAAGGGCUCCAAGUGGGAGGGCGACAAGUACGAGGGCGAGUGGAGCGACGGCGACAUGCACGGCCGCGGGCGCUACACCUACGCCGAUGGCUCCUACUACGAGGGCGAGUGGGCCGAGGGCAAGAUGCACGGCCGCGGCAAGUACACUUGGGCCGACGGUGGGUGGUACGAGGGCGAGUUCCGCAACGACAACUUCCACGGCACGGGCGUCCGCGUGUGGGGCGUCGGCCACGAGAGGGAGGGCGACCGCUUCGUCGGCACCUGGACCGAGGACCGCAUGGAGGUCGGCAUCUACUUCCGACGCAACGGCGAUCGCUACGAGGGUCCGUUCAAAGAUGGCAAAGAGAACGGCCUCGGCGUUCUGUUCUUCGGUGGCGGAGGCCACCGCAACGACAGCCGUCAUCAGGCCGGCGACGUCUACCGCGGCAUGUUCAAGGACGGACAGAUGCACGGCGAGGGCUUCUACGCGCAGGCGGGCACCGGCGAGACGUUCCAGGGCGAGUGGAUCGGCGGGGUGGUGGUGCGCCGGCUGUGCACCAUCAUCGCCUCGGGCGAGCGCAAGCGCAAGCGCAGGGAGACCAACUGA